GUCUGCCUCCCUCGCCCUCUUGCACCCAUCCUGAACCUGGGUCGAUCACUGAAUGGGACGCGGUACUAUACGUCGAUCUGCAGGCUCCCCAUUGGCCAUCACGAUGGUUGAAACGCUCCGGCAUCGCAUUUUCACGAGCCUGGCAUUUAUUAUCCGAAAUGCAUGUCACCAGGCGUCGAUGAGCGGAAAUCAUGGAGUUUGGGCUCCCGGUCAUUCAUUCGCUUGCAUCCGUUGCACCCAUGGACGAUAUUGC